AUGAAGCUACACACCCAUGCCAUCGAAUGGAUGACAAGCCUACAAGCGCUUCUGUGGGCAAUUCUUCCGUCCCAUACAUCUGCGUCCCCUUUCAUAUCAUCUCCCGACCUUGUACAUUACGAUGUUCCAUCCAAGAACUCCAACAUUAUCGACGAGCCUCCUCCGAAGUCGAAAAGGAAAACCAACUAUCCCGCGGUGACGUUCUCUUCAACAUGCAGUCCGGUCCAGAGACAGUAUAUCAUUGACGAGUUAAGUGAGAUAGAGACAAUGUUGAAUGAAGCGCAAACCCAAAUCACCACUAUGCUGCAGAUCAUUCGAGAAAGACAGCAGCCGAAAGAUUGGGGACCUCGCUUUGACGAAAACACCAGACUCCUGAAUACCUGGCAGGCUUAUGUUGAGAAGAUUCAACUUAAUCGCAGGGCCACAUUAGGUCCAGGGCAAGCACCUCGGAGCCCGUGGAAAGUGGCGGAGGGCAAUAUGAAGACCAUGUAUGAGAAAUAUUACAAUAUGGACCAGGUCUUAAAAGCACAAGCCUUAAAUGUCAUGUUUCAUUGCGAUGAUACAUUUCUAAAGUAUCAAGAAAAAGAAAGCAACAAAAGUUUUCGCCUAUAUAAAGACGAAAGGAACGAAGCCACAGACGGUCCCCGAAAUGCAAACAUCCCCCUUCCAGCUUCCUUGAGGCUGUGCCACGAGUCCACCUCAAUCAGCGGAUACAGAUAUACAAACUCAGUCUCAGGACAGGAGGAGAUUUAUAUCUGCCCGAUAACGUUCGAAAAGGCCAAGACAUCCAACAAGCUAACCCAGUUCGCUAACGAAAUGUCCACCCUGAAAGGGAAAACGAUCGAUGAAAUAUUUUUCAAUUCGACAGCAAAUACCAUUUUUCAUGAGCUCACCCACUGUGAACACAUUCUUGGGAAUGAAAGAACCGCUGAUCAAGUCUAUGUCAAAAACGGCAAAAGCUUAAAGGCGUAUCAAGCAUCGGGAAUUAUGGAGCUUUCUUACUUCAGACCGGAUCUUAGUCUGAAAAAUGCCGAUACACUCACAUAUUUCGCACUAGGUAGCCGAGGAAGCACCGAGGAAGCACCGAAAAUGCCGAGGUUCUGUCAACUGUCCGGAAUCGAGAGAUAG